AUCCUAGUCACGAUAUCGUCGCCCGUUAUCCAAGAUGAAGUUCCUCUGCCUGCAUGGUACCUUUGGAAGCGCAAAGAAAUUCAAGAUUCAACUGGCGCCUUUUGUUCAGAAGACUCAGGAGGACUCCGACCUCGAGUUCGAAUGGAUUUCGGGACUACACGAGGUCGACCCCCCGGCCGAGUUUGAACACUACUUUGGUGAGAAGCCUCUGUACAGGUUCAUGCCGUUCAAUGGCAUCCGCGCGUACGACGACCUCUUCACCAAGUGGAGGCAGUGCACUGACGGGGCAUCGACUGAGGAGAACAUGCGCCUGCUAUUUGGAAGCGAGGAGAACUUUCUGCACCAGAAGGCCUGCCUCCAGGAGACGAUCGACGCAGUCCUCAAGGCCAUUGACGACGACCCAGAGAUCGAUGGUAUCCUUGGCUAUUCGGAAGGAGCGACGAUAGCCGCGACCGCGAUUCUAGAAGAACGACGCAGGUGGGAGGAAGAAGGAAUUCCAAGGAGGAUCAACUGCGCCAUCUUCUUUGCUGGGUGCCCUGCCAUCUCCCUCAAGGACGGCAGCAUUUCGAUGCUGUCUGAUGCAGAGGCCGAAGAUGCCAUCGACAUUCCAACUUGCCACAUCGUCGGCUGCAACGACCCUUACAUUGAUGGGUCGAUUACCUUGUACGACAUGUGCAACGAGGACAAGGCUGAGCUUUUCGACCAUGGCCAGGGUCACGUCAUCCCGCGGGACCCCAGGACCUUGGAAGAACUGUCUGUUUCUGUGUCCAGGAUCGUUGGCAUGGCCAAUGCCAACAAGCGCAAGCCCUCGGUCACGGGCUCCGAGUCGGAUGCUUCCCGAAGGUCAUCUACCUGGUCUUCCGGGAACAGUUCUACCGUUGAGCUGGUAUGAAAUCUCCUGGAUCAAACCAAUUAACCGUUUUCCUUCAAGCUGAAAAUUAUCAGACGGCUAUCUGCACAUGAGUGUAGUCGUCGACCAUGAGUCUUUUUGGAGUUGAAACGGUGCAAAAGCUUCUACCGCGGCUGGAUAGAGUAGAAGUUGGAUGUCGCCGGCUACUACUCCACCGCAAUAGUUUGGGACAGUAAAACAAUAAUAAUAAUCAUAGUUAAUUCUUCCUUCUUAG